AUGGGCAAAACCAACGAGGUGUGGUCUGGAGACACAAUGAAGGAGGCCAUCCAAUUUUACAAACCCAAGAUUGAAUGGACUGAUGAAGAACUAAACGAAAUGCCUAAGUGGAUCUAUGACAAGAUGUAUGACAGCACCCUGGAAACUAUCAUGAACAAUACUGCUAAACAACUUGGGCCCUGCACUGGCCUCACGAGCAGGAAGGCCAUCAUCGACCGUUUCCAUGAAGUUGGGAAGACAAGUGCAGUUUUGCUAGACGGAGCCCUUGAGUACAUUCUGGCCCACGCAAAGAAGGCAUGGACAAAGCAUCCCUAUUUUCUUACGGCUGAGCAGAUCCGCGGACAGGUCGCUAAGCUACCGGACGCCGAAGGGGACGAAGGAUCGAAGUCCAGCAGCAGUGGCGGUGGACCUGAAAUUUCCUUGCCCAGUGCAAAGAAGCAGAAGACUCAGCUGCCAAAUGACACUGACCAUUGCUCUCUUUCUGUUGGCAGCAUUGCACUCACCGUGACAAAAGCAAAAUAUGUAAUGGAUUUUUUGUCCAUUCCCGAAGAAGUGGGUGAUUCAAUUCCGAAGGAAGUGGGUGAUUCAAUUCCGAAGGAAGUGACUGUCACGACCGAUACCCAGAAUAAGGAAAUGGGCAAUGACGCAGAGUCUCUUGGAACGAUCCCCCACUCGCAACUCGACUAUGAAGAGACGACUUCGGUGCAUGAGUUGAACGGUGUUUUCGAUGGCUAG